GUGCCUCUUAAAAAAAGAGACUCUCAGACGGUAAUCGUUUUGAAUGAAUUCUUCUCCGUUCACCAGCGUCCUCUCGGCGCUCGUUGUAAAAAUUUGAACAGCGGACGACGUCGUAUUUAAUGCAUAAGGAGCACCAGGAGGUGCUAAGUAGCCGAGGGAUAGAGAAAAUUAGGGCUCCGCGGAUCACCUAGACCUGUCCUCCAUCCGGUGAUGGCGUCUGAUUCCUCAAGGACGCGAAUCGAUCAGUUCUUUGCAUCGAGGAAGAGGAAAUCUCUAUCACCUGGUCUCAAGUCUGGAAGAGUUGGAAAAAAUGCAAAAGUAACAGUCUGUUCGCCUAGUGCCAAGGGUAGUUUGGACGAUUAUUUGAAAGUCCCACUGGAUGAUAACAAUGCUGCAAAGUCUUCGUACAAAGCUUCUGGAUCAUUAACUAGGAAGGAUGCAGUUAAAAGAACUUUGGUUUCAGAGAUCAACAAAUUGCCUGAGGCUGACAAAGAGAAAAAACAGGCCUCUAUACCCACUCACAUACACAUGGAAGCUUCAGGAGUAGAAGGAACUCUGAAGAGAGCAUCUCAAAAUUCUGGAGCCCAAGAUUUUGUAAAAGGUUGCUCAGUUUCCACUGACGACGCAGAAAACUUGGAACUAAAGCAGUUUGCCACUGAUUUUUUGUCUCUUUAUUGUAGUGAACUUCAGUCAAGUUUAAUCUCAUGUUCAGGAUCAGAGGCAAAUGAUUAUAAGAUACUAGGUAGCCCGUCUCUGAUGGUUGGAGAAGAUAAAGCAUCCAAGAAAAAGAAUUCUAUGUCCAGUCAGUUACAAGCAGACAACCUUAUGGCUUAUCCUAAUCAGAAGAAUCUCAAAAAUAUGCCUUCUGGUUUUACUUAUAAAAUCAAGGAAUUUGCAUGCAGUUCACUGAAACAGUACUGCUGUUGGCAUACUGGGCAGGUGAUUGACAGUGAGGUUCCCAUUGAUCUUCCAUCUAGCUUGAGAAAGUGCAAUAAAGCAUCUAAAUCAUUUGUAAAUACCAAUGAAUGCCACACACCUGGAUCAUCCAUUAUUAAAAUGUGUGCUCUUGAGACCCCAAAGUCUGCUCGUGGAAGCUCCAUAUUUUCACCUGGAGAAGGUUUCUGGAAUGAAGCAAUUCAAGUUGCUGAUGGCUUGUUCCUUCAAACUGAUAGCUUUGCUGCCGCAGAAAUCAAAUAUGGAAAUAACCAAUAUGAGACAAAUAAUUCAUACAGUUUAAAGAAUAUGGAUUGCGAUGAAAAGAUGAAGAUACCUGCUGAAGGUGAGAGCAGAGUUCAAGGUGUCAGAGUUGGUGUUUCUUUGCCCUUAUUAGAGAAGCGUAAGAAAGAUAAUGAUAAAGAGGUGUCCCCCUUACCUGUGAAGCACUUUGAUUUUUUAUCUGAGGACAAAAAUGGGGAUGGGAGUAGUCCACGUCCUUGUGUUGCAGAUACUUUAGAAGAUGUUGCAUGUAGAGAUAAUGAACUAUCUGAAUGUGGCUCUGUAAUUUGUAAAGUUCCCCAACCUGUUGUGAAUUUAGAGCAAAAUUGUGACGUUCAGACAACUGAACAAAUUCUUAGUGUGCAAGAGAGGACUUUUGAUCAUCCGAUGCUUGAAGGGAAAGUGGAUUUAUCAACUCAAGAUAAUAAUGCUCUUUUUAUGUCCAAUUCGUCAAUUAAUGACAUCAGGAAACCAGUUGGUAACGGUGAAUCUGAUGAAGCCAGCACGCUGUCAAGUUUCAUGAUGCAUAAGAACAAUUUAGAACUUAGCAACUGGCUUCCUUCAGAAAUAUGCAACAUAUAUAGAAAGAAAGGAAUUUCAAAGUUGUAUCCUUGGCAGGUUGAGUGCCUUCAGGUUGAUGGUGUUUUGCAGAGAAGAAAUCUUGUAUAUUGUGCAUCAACAAGUGCUGGUAAAAGUUUUGUUGCAGAGAUAUUGAUGUUGCGCCAGGUGAUAUCAAGUGGAAAAAUGGCACUGCUUGUGCUUCCAUAUGUAUCAAUCUGUGCAGAAAAGGCAGAGCAUCUUGAACUCCUCCUUGAGCCACUUGGUAAGCAUGUCCGGAGUUAUUAUGGAAUUCAUGGUGGUGGAACACUUCCUAAAGAUACUUCCGUAGCUGUCUGCACAAUAGAGAAGGCGAACUCUUUGAUAAAUCGUUUGCUAGAAGAGGGUCGGUUGUCUGAAAUUGGGAUUAUCAUUAUAGAUGAACUGCACAUGGUUGGUGAUCAAAGCAGGGGUUAUCUUCUGGAACUUAUGUUAACGAAGCUUCGUUAUGCGGGUGGAGAAGGCUCUUCUGAAACAAGUAGUGGUGAAAGUUCAGGCCCGAGUGGCUCUAAGGUUGAUGCUCUGAGUGGCAUACAAAUGGUGGGGAUGAGUGCUACCAUGCCAAAUGUUGCAGCAGUUGCUGACUGGCUUCAAGCAGCACUGUACCAGACAGAUUAUCGACCAGUUCCUUUGGAGGAAUAUAUUAAAAUUGGUGACUCUAUCUAUAACAAAAGAUUAGAAAUUGUUAGAACAAUUCCAAAAGCAGCAGACCUUGGUGGUAAAGAUCCUGAUCAUAUAGUGGAACUAUGCAAUGAGGUUGUUCAAGAGGGUCAUUCAGUGCUAAUAUUUUGUUCCAGUCGAAAAGGAUGCGAGUCAACUGCAAGGCAUGUGGCAAAGUUCAUCACAAAAUUUUCUGUUAGCUUCCGUGAAAAUAACAGUGACUUUGUAGACAUUGCUUCAGCUAUUGAUGCCUUGAAAAGGUCUCCAGCUGGAGUUGAUCCCAUAUUAGAAGAAACUCUUCCUUUUGGUGUUGCCUAUCAUCAUGCUGGCCUCACUGUUGAGGAAAGAGAGAUUGUUGAAAGCUGCUACCGUAGGGGCUUGUACGUAUUUUAACUGCUACAUCUACCUUAGCUGCUGGGGUCAAUCUCCCAGCUAGA